CGAAGCGUCACCUGAGAGGGUCAGAUCCGUGUAUGUACGUACAUUUGACAUCGGCGGCGGCUAGUCGAUUAGAUAGAUAGGAUUGAUAAACAUUCGCCAUGCAUACCUUAUUGAAAAUUAUCGGCACGGCAACGGGGGAUUCGUCUCCUAGCGUCAUGUUAGUGUUCGAUAAGAAGAAAUACUUGUUCAAUUGCGGCGAAGGCUUCCAACGCCUGGCUACGGAACAAACUGCCAAACUGGCUAAAGUGGACUCGAUCUUUCUCACACGCCUAAGAUGGCGUAAUUUAGGAGGCCUUCCCGGUGUACUACUCUCCUUGGCUGGUAUUGGAGCGACCAGCGUCACAGUCCACGGCCCUGCGAACUUACAUCACUUUUUCCACGGCACAAAUAACUUCAUGAACACAGGUCUUUUAGGGGUGAAUGUGCGAGAAUAUGACUUUAAACAUGCGGGGGAAGAUGGUCAAACAAAUUCCACAAGUAGCACAAAGCCUGUAGAUGUAUACAACGAUAGAUUUGUAAAAAUUACACCGGUUUUAAUACAGCCGUUGCGACAAGAUGAAGAACCAGAGCUGAAGCGAGCACGCACAGACACAGGUAGCGAGGUUCGUAGUCACGAUCAGACCUACACCCCACUGACAGAGGAACAAAAGAAAGUUAUGCUUGCGCACCUCGCACCGGCGAAAUCUAGGUACAACGACUUGAUACAUCAGCAGAUACCUGCGCCGAAGAAGGGUGUUCAAAACGAUGUAGUUUGCUAUAUGUGCGAGUUACAACCCGCCCCGCCAAAGUUCGACGCCAAGAAGGCGGUCGAACUUUGUAUACCAAAGGGAUCGAUUCGUGCGGAUCUAGUGAAGGGUAAGACAAUCACGCUUAAGGACGGUACAGCAAUCACGCCCGAUAUGGUCACGACCAAAUCGCCGAAAGGCUAUACGGUUUUGAUUAUUGAUUGCCCGAGUGCAGAUUAUAUUCCAGCGCUUACCGCUGCUCCUGAAUGGAAGGUCUCGCAAGCCACCGACGACAGCUCCAACCCACAGCCACUUGUGGUGGUGGUGCACAAAUCACCUAUCAGUGUUUUGAAUGACGAGCGAUACGCCACGUGGGCUGCGUCAUUUGGCAAGACAGCCGACCACGUGCUUAUAAAUGAGGAUCUAUGUGACCAGUCAACUGUAUACAAGAGUCAGGAGCGCUUACAAGCCAAAUUGAAUAUCAUUGAUGAGAAGAUCUUCGCGAUGCCGGAUUUCUCUACAAGAGAUCCCGCUGCCGCAAUAUCUGCGCUUGACUUUGAAGUAUUCAGAACCCAAGGCCGCGUGGGAUCGCCACAGAUGGAGUACCGACUGGAGCCUGCUAAGAAAGCUGGCUUUCUGCCACCGGCGAUAGAUUUGCACAAUAGUCUAUUCACUAUCAUGUGCGAGGCAAAAGAGAUUCUGGCUGAAAAUCCUACGACUGACGGACAGUCAGACGAGGCAAAAGAGAUUCUGGCUGAAAAUCCUACGACUGACGAACAGUCAGACGAGGCAAAAGAGAUUCUGGCUGAAAAUCCUACAACUGACGAACAGUCAGAAACGAAGCAUCAAUUUCCACACGCGGAUAAGGAUGUUGAAGUCCUAUUUCUUGGAACUGGGUCGGCCAUACCUUCUAAGUACCGAAAUGUAAGCUCGACCGCGUUACGUAUUCCUGACAUCGGGUCGAUUAUGCUCGACAGCGGUGAGGGCACGUACGGACAGUUGAGGCGGAUGCUUGGAAGAGAGGGUGUGCAGAAGUUCGUUGAUGAUAUAAAGUGCGUGUACAUAUCACACAUGCACGCCGAUCAUCAUCUAGGUCUGAUUCAGUUACUCGCCAAUCGAUCCGCUUCGUGUCCGCCGUUACUGGUCGUUGCUCCCAAUAAAAUGAGAAUCUGGCUGAACUUAUACAGUGCCCUCGAGCCUAUCAGCUUCGAAUUUGUUUCAGCGAAUGCUAUGAGCGGUGGCUAUAAGGCAAACAACCAUUUGCACCAGAAAGCGCUUCUGGCGAGUUUGCGUAAGCAGAUGGGUAUUACCUUGGAUUGCGUCGGCGUUAUACAUACAAAAGACGCUACCGGCGUGGCUCUUAGUCACGAGUCAGGCUGGAAGGUUGUCUACUCCGGUGAUACCAGGCCUUGUGGAAAACUUGCCGCUGCUGGAGCAGGCGCAACUAUUUUGAUACACGAAGCGACGUUUGAAGAGGAGAUGCUUGCGGAAGCAAAGGCGAAGAAUCAUAGCACCACGAUGGAAGCCGUUUUAGAAGGGGGCAAGAUGAACGCCGGACUUAUUGUUCUGAAUCAUUUCAGCCAACGGUACCCUCAGGUGCCGAAAAUCGAUGCUCGCUUCACCGACAGGACAGCAAUUGCAUUCGAUCUCAUGCGAUUCGAAUUCAAAGACAUGCCUCGUCUUCCGAAAAUGCUGAGCAGAAUACAACUCCUGUUCUCUGAGGAAGAGGCUAGGCUGCAUGAAAUCACAGAGGCCAGAGAGUGUUGAUUGUCGUGCACACAAUCCGCUUACGUAAACCCACGUAGAAUGACGGUGUAAAUUACUGAGCAUCUACGGCGGCCAUGAAUAGCUUGGUAGAGAGUGUAGUGUGAGAAAAUUAUACUGUCUUACCCACGGGUAACGGCCACGCGUCGAUCAGAAGCGAAGGUCUGUAUCCGAAUACAAGCACACCAGACCUUUGACAACGCUUCUUGACGCCCGGUACUAUAGCAUUCAGUCAUACCAGAAGAUAUGGAGAAGGUAGAGGGGGGACGAGAGAAUCGGCCUCGCAGAAGCUCGCUCGAGAGCUCUUGAGGGUGUCACAGGAAUGCUCCGGGUCAAAUUAUAGGCGGGAAGCAUCUAAUUCUUCGUCGCGCUCUGUCGUGGUUCAGAAAAAAUGCACUAUGAGCGACAAACUCAUAGGGCGCCAAUGCCACUCUCGUCGCUUAGACGGCACGCGUACGGACUAAAAAUUGAAACAGACAGUCGACUCACCUUCAAAGCAUGUUUGAUUGCCGCCUCUUGGAGCACAUCUUGCUCCUUCUCCCUCCUCUUCACUUUGCGCUUCUUGCCUGUCAGAGGUGGUACAUGUACAAGUGUAAGAUGACAAUUUAGCGUGUGAACCGAGAGUGUAGUUCAGCAGCGGCUGCUACAAAGCAAUAGUAUGUGCAAGCACCGUAGCACGAACUUAUCAGCAGAAACCGAAUUGCAUAACAAUGUGCUGAGGUUUAUUAGCAAAUAAAGCACAGUCUGACAAUACAGCGCAG